AUGGGCGCGUGCGGUUCACGGAGUGUCGGCGCCGAUAUGCAAGAGGGUGAGCAGGUCACGCAGGAAGAGGGCAGCGAGCUUUCGUACGCGUUGCCUGUCGCGCACAAAGCGAACAAGCAGGGCAUCGCUCUCUGCGACGCGUGCGCCGGCACGGACGUCGAGGCUGUUCGCCAGCUGCUGGAUGCGGGCGCGCCUAUCGACUACUGGGACGCAGACAACAUGCCACCGCUCGCAUCGGUGCUAACCGCGGCGCAGUACAUGAUGACGGAGAUGCAGCUCGAAGGCACCUCCGCCGAAGAAUGCAACUUCGCUGCGCGAGAGGCCAUCUUCGCGCUGCUCAUCGAGAAGAGCAGUCCUGCCGUGCUGGAUCAGGUGUACUCUCUGGGCGACCCGUCGGACAACCUCAGUCUCCACUCGACCGCGUUGCACACCGCGUUCCAGGCCGGCUUCCUGGACGAGGCCAAUCUGUUGAUCGACCACGGCGCCUCCGGCAACAUUCCAGCCAAGAUGCUCCCAGACAAGGUUUUCACAGCCAUCGAGUUGGUCAUGAGUUCCGGGCCGCAAAGCCCGGAGUUCUUUGACACCUCCCAGCGGAUCAUGUGGCGACUGGACGGGUGGACGCCGCUGCACGCCGCUGCCGUGUGGGGCAAGACGGAGAAAUUUAUUGAGCUGCUCGAGGCUGGAGAGGUGGACACGCAGGCUCGCACGAAGACGCAGCAGCUGACGGCGAUGGAGCUCGCCAAGCUCGGUGGGACUGACUUCGGGACCACCGGCAAGAACAUGGAGGCGGUGUUGGAGACGUGGGAGGAGCAGCGGCUGGACGGGCUGACGAAGCUGCUGAACAAGGGAGCGUUCCUGGACGACGUAGCGAAGCUGGAAGCGCGCGGCAUCGAUCCAGCGUUCUUCUCGAUCGACAUCCAGGGCUUCAAGGGCGUGAACGACACCAUCGACCACGUCGCAGGCGAUGGCGCGCUCCACCACUACGCCGCUCUGCUGAGCUCGGUGGUGAAGGAGGCUAGUACCGAGGAGAUGAAGGGGGUGGUGUACCGCACUGGCGGAGACGAGCUGUCGGUGAUCUGGAGCAAGGCCUCAGGGGCGCCACGCGACGGGUUCCGCCACAAGGUCGAAGCCGUCGCACAGACCCUGGCGAAGGUCGACCACGUGGUGAAGGGCGAGAAGGACGGCAUGGCCGUCGAGGCUCCCACGUUCCUUCGGAUCGGAGUCGGGCCGACCCACCACCUUGCCGAUCAGGCGGAGACCGAGAUCCGGUCGCAAGUGUACAUGAAGGCCUUUGGUUCCCUCGAUGCGCGCGGGCAGAUGGUUAGCCGAUCAGAUGCCCGGCUCGAGGGUGUGGCCAUGUGGAUGGCUGUGUGGGAGGGCGGCCCGGAGGCCGCGACGCCUGCACCUGCAGAAGCGGUGGUCGUGAAGGCCACUGAUGACCAGGCUGACAUCGCGGUUGACGGCGCCGAUAUGCAAGAGGGUGAGCAGGUGUACUCUCUGGGCGACCCGUCGGACAACCUCAGUCUCCACUCGACCGCGUUGCACACCGCGUUCCAGGCCGGCUUCCUGGACGAGGCCAAUCUGUUGAUCGACCACGGCGCCUCCGGCAACAUUCCAGCCAAGAUGCUCCCAGACAAGGUUUUCACAGCCAUCGAGUUGGUCAUGAGUUCCGGGCCGCAAAGCCCGGAGUUCUUUGACACCUCCCAGCGGAUCAUGUGGCGACUGGACGGGUGGACGCCGCUGCACGCCGCUGCCGUGUGGGGCAAGACGGAGAAAUUUAUUGAGCUGCUCGAGGCUGGAGAGGUGGACACGCAGGCUCGCACGAAGACGCAGCAGCUGACGGCGAUGGAGCUCGCCAAGCUCGGUGGGACUGACUUCGGGACCACCGGCAAGAACAUGGAGGCGGUGUUGGAGACGUGGGAGGAGCAGCGGCUGGACGGGCUGACGAAGCUGCUGAACAAGGGAGCGUUCCUGGACGACGCAGCGAAGCUGGAAGCGCGCGGCAUCGAUCCAGCGUUCUUCUCGAUCGACAUCCAGGGCUUCAAGGGCGUGAACGACACCAUCGACCACGUCGCAGGCGAUGGCGCGCUCCACUACUACGCCGCUCUGCUGAGCUCGGUGGUGAAGGAGGCUAGUACCGAGGAGAUGAAGGGGGUGGUGUACCGCACUGGCGGAGACGAGCUGUCGGUGAUCUGGAGCAAGGCCUCAGGGGCGCCACGCGACGGGUUCCGCCACAAGGUCGAAGCCGUCGCACAGACCCUGGCGAAGGUCGACCACGUGGUGAAGGGCGAGAAGGACGGCAUGGCCGUCGAGGCUCCCACGUUCCUUCGGAUCGGAGUCGGGCCGACCCACCACCUUGCCGAUCAGGCGGAGACCGAGAUCCGGUCGCAAGUGUACAUGAAGGCCUUUGGUUCCCUCGAUGCGCGCGGGCAGAUGGUUAGCCGAUCAGAUGCCCGGCUCGAGGGUGUGGCCAUGUGGAUGGCUGUGUGGGAGGGCCACGAGGAUCCCAAACGUGAGCUGUAGUGUGCAGCAUGUUUUGGCUUUUG